UGGGUAUGGUGUUAACUAAAAAGAAAACACAUUCGAUGUCAGCGGUGCCAGAACGUCAUCUUAACCAAACGAUGACAAUGUUUCGUGGCAAUUCUUUUUAAAUACAACUAUUAACGAUCCAUGGAUUAAUCAGUGUUUACCGUUGGAACGGUACAUCGGAUAAACAGAUAUGUGCACCUAAAAAUGAAAUUACUUUAUGAAAAAUUCGACGGAAAAUGUUAUUUUGAUCCAUGUACUUACAUACACAUACACUCUUCAAAACUGUAGAUGAAUAUCGUUUUACCCAGUCCUUAAUUGCAACGCAGUAUAAAUCAGAUUUCUCAAGUGACCGUUAAGAGAUGAGUUAAAAGAUCACUUCUUUCAAAAAAAAAAAUGAUCAAAUGAUGUUAAAAUAUUCAAGUCUUCGAAUAGAAUGUAUUCAUAGUCAGUUGGAUUAGGCAAUACAAAUAUAAAGCCAUGCUUUAAUACGGCCCUGGUACCGUUUCACGCACGGUCUGUGUUCUUAGUUUGGACUUUCAUUAAUACAAGUUUCUCAUUCCCUUCUAUGUAUAAUUAUUAUUUAACGAAUCCUACAAUUAAGACAAAAAUGAUACAAUGAAACGAGUCAAGUAUUGUUUUCACUGGAAACGCACUUAACGUUUAGAAUUUUAUGUGAAAAGUGCAUGAUAUACAGAACAGUGUACCUCCAUAAGAAAACAAUAUAUUUAAAAGCAAUCGAAAACAAACAUUUAAGUAAUGAAAUUAUAAUUUCGAAUAAUCUAUAUUAUAGGAAAUUUAAAAGUAUAUUUAAUAGAAAUUGCUUGCUUUAAACGUAAGGAUAUUAACAUUGUUUUGUAACCUAGAUCGAAACGAAAUUAUGAAUACCACUGGUAUAACUGACAGCGCUUUCAGUGUCGAUUCCGAGUCGAUGUUGUAACGUAUGCUGACAGUAGUUUCAGUUGCUAGUAUAUAGAACGUUUCUGUAAAAGGAAAGAAAUGUGUAACAUUCAAGAAAUAUUUUAAGAAACUGUUCGUAGGAUAGAUGAACUAAUGAACGUGUUUAUAGAAAAUCGUUUGUAACACUUCACUACAGUCGAAAUGUCGUACAAAAUCGGACAACGGGUUGAGGUCCCUGGCAAGGACUGUCAAGGAGUAAUUGCUUAUAUUGGUCAUCCAAAUUUUGCUUCGGGAAAAUGGAUUGGAGUUAUACUCGAUGAGCCAAAAGGAAAAAAUAACGGCACUAUUAAGGGUCAAUCAUAUUUUAAGUGCCCUGAAAACCAUGGAAUGUUUGUACGACAGUCUCAACUUGUUUUAUUGGAUGAAACAGGUAAUAGAACAGAACCUGUUAGUCCAUCAUCAGCUGGUAGCAGUGCUACAACUCCGGAUGAGGCUAGUGUUGCAAGAGCUAGAAGUAGGUUAAAUAGUACACCUCGAAGGAAUGAACCCACUGCAGUACGGAGAAAAACAUCUCUUGCGCAUGUUACCCGGCAGCAAUCUGACAAGCUUUCUGGUUCACGAUUAUCAUUGGCUGGAAGUAGAACACUUUUAAGUGCUCCAAGUACAGAAAGUUUAUCUGGAUCACAACAUGAACGCAAAGAUGGUGGAGAGUCACUUAUACCAGCACCAACCUCUACCAAAAGAGCUUCAUUUAUCGAGAAGUCCCCUAGCACGAGCUCGCCUCCCGGCAAAAAGCCAAAGGCCCAAGAUGAUCACAAUAAUACAGGUUUUGUAGAGACUCUGAAACCACAAUUUGUUCCUGGCCAAGUAAUGGCAGGUUCUGCGGCGGCUGCAAGUGUGGUGGAAGAGAAACUGACACAUUUGCAGCUUCAACAAGAGAAUGAAAAUUUGAAAUCUCAAGUUCGAGAUCUCACUGAAAAAAUGGAUACCUUACGGGUGAAGAGAAUACAAGACAAAGAACGAAUGAAAGACUUUGAAAAAACGAAGCUUCAACUUGAACAGCUCAUUGAAUUUAAAGCAAAAGUUAUGGAGAGCCAAGCCAGUCUUCAAAGGGAACUCCAACGAGCUCGCCAAGAAGCGAGGGAAGCACACGCGGCUCGAGAACAAUUUCAAGAAGAAAUGUCGGAUCUCGCUGAGACUGUAGAAAUGGCUACACUAGAUAAAGAAAUGGCCGAAGAGAAAGCUGAAACGUUACAGAUUGAAUUAGAACAACUAAAGGAGAAAUUAGAGGAACAAACAUUAGACUUGGAAAUAUUACGAACAGAAAUGUCCGAGAGAGCUGCAGGAGGUGGUCCGACCACGGGAACUACAAGCUACGAGAUCAAACAAUUAGAACAACAGAACAACAGAUUGCGGGAAACUCUGGUUAGAAUGCGUGAUCUGUCUGCUCACGAGAAGCACGAAUUCCAGAAACUUCAAAAGGAUUUAGAUCAAAAGAAGUCGGAAAUAUUAGAACUGGGACGCACAAAAGAGAAACUCUCUGUACGAGUAGAAGAAAUGGAACACCAGAUAGCAGACUUGCAAGAACAGGUUGAUGCCGCGCUAGGUGCCGAAGAAAUGGUUGAAGUGCUUGGCGAGAAGAAAAUGGCUUUAGAAGAGAAAGUCGCAGAAUUGGAGGAAGCUGUAGCAGAUCUUGAAGCAUUACAGGAUAUGUCCGAUCAACUUGCUGAAUCGUCGAAAGAAUUGGAGUUAGAAUUGCGAGAAGAAUUGGACUUGGCACUUGGAGCUGCUCGCGACGCUUAUCGUCAUCGCGAUGCAGCUUUGGAGACGUUAGCGGAUCGUGAACUGACGAUCACGAAGUUCCGGGAUCUCACUCAUCAGUUGCAAGACCAGUGCUUGCAGUUGCAACAACGUGUCCAAUCGACGGAAACCUCGAAGCCCGGAAUAGGCGGCGCGGAACAACAGUUGGCAGAAAUUUUAGACUUCCAGAAAACGUUUGCUGAAACACGCGCACAGACGAAAGCCGUUGAUCUCGAAUUACGGCGGUUGGAGGCUGACGAAUCUCGAAAUCACGUGGCCUAUUUAUUGUCCUUCAUGCCUCCGGCGUUCUUAGCGCGUGGCGGGGACCACGACGCUAUUCUAACGCUUUUACUUAUACCCAGGAUAAUACAGAAGACCGAGAUAAUUAUAUCGCAGUUGCGGGACAAGUACAGGUCGUUAGACAAGAUCGACAGAACGGCCAUAUUGAAGGGUCAUUCGGUAGCGCAGUAUACAUUCAGAUCGCAUCUUUGUUCGUACAUGUACGCGUUGCAAACGUUCCUCGGUUGCUUUGAGUCAGCUCUAAGCGUUUGUACUCCCAGCAUGUUGCUUAAAGCUGGCGCGGCUUAUCCGGAAAUGGCCGCACAAGAGAAGUCUUUGGAUUCUCUGAUAGAAUUGGCUAAAAGGGAUCAGCUGGAUGAAAAUGUGCCAAUGGAGGCGAUCGAGAAAUGUUGUGGCUACUUCUGUACCAUGUUCUCCGUUUUAUUCGGAGAAACCAUUAACCAAGGACGCAUGGUGGUCAGCGGUACAAGAAUGCUCGAGAGUUGUUGCGACGCUAUCACCACCGAUGCCACGGCCAUUAAGGCGUUAAUUCAAGGAGACGGCGGCGACAUAGGCCUCCUCUGUCAGCACGCGGAAACGACGUGCGAAGUGAUACAGCAACACCUGAAAUCGGCCAGAAGACGCGUGCUGACCGAUCAUGCUUCUACGCUUCAUUCCGCGCAGUGUAACUUAGGGCUAGAUAAAGAUUCCAGCGAACAGAUGUUCGCUUGUUAUCAGCAUGCCGUGAAGAUUGUGAAAACGUUCCAGGCAUUGCUGAAAACAGCCGUACAGGCGAUUAUAUCGAAUGCAGAUUUGGAUAAUGGGCUCAGUACUGACAAACUAAAGGAGAUGGCGUCUGUGGCGUGCGAGAAAGUAUACGACGCAGAAGACAUAGGGCCUGUAGCUACGAUCAAAGGAAGCUUAACGGCUAUUCAGCAAUUGGCAGCCAACUUGGCACAAAAAAUGGCCGAAUGCGAGAACGAACUGGCUAUAAGUGGACACUUGUCCCAGCAACAAGAGCAAGGGGCAAACAAUGAAUCCGUGAUGCCUAUUACAGUAAGGGCGCAGACAGCGAGAAAAGAAGCCGAAGAGACCAAGGUGCUCAAAGGAAAAUUGGCGACGAGAGACAGCGAUAUACGCGAAGCAAAAUUGGCAUUGAGGGAGAAACAAAAUGAAUUGUGCGAGAUGAUUUUAAGAAAAGAUGUCGUGGAAAAGAAGCUCGCGACGCAGCAGCACGAGCACGAACUGAACGUAGAGAAGUUGAAGAGGAAAUUGGAGGAGGCUCAGAAUCAACUGAGACGAAAGGAGAAAGAAUUUGAAGAGACGAUGGACCAUCUUCAGACGGAUAUCGACAGUUUGGAAACGGAAAGAGGUCAGCUCAAGGAAAAAUUAAAAUCUAUUGGAAAGAAGACUAUGAUGUCCGCGUCCGGGUCGGAUAAUAUGUCUGGAAGUAGCACAAUGACGUCUGGAAUUCAAUUGAUGGACAAUAAAUUCUUGAUACAAGAGAUAAGUGCACUCAAGGAAGCGCUGAACAGUGAAAAUCAGCAAAAGAAGAAGUUAAUGUCCGACGCGUUGCGCGAGAAGUUAGAACAUUUAGAUUCGAUAACACCCGUUCCGAAACCAGGACCGACUGAUCCAAAGAUACAGGAACUAAUGAAGAAAACCAGCUCUCUCACUAAAGACGUUAAGCAAGCUAUGACGUUCCUCACUGUUCCCGAUUUGAGACGGAAAAAAGCAUUGGACGCGGAAGGCCCGAUGUUGUUGGAGAAAGCAUCGCGAAUUUAUCAGUUGCAACAGCGUCAAAUGAUUACAAGAGAAUUGAAGGAUCGUGUAGAUCAAUUAAUGGGCGAAGUCCGCGAGGAAGUGGUGAAGAGAACGACAGGUGGAAUGGCUGAAGCUAACUUUGCGGUGUUUCCAAAUCGCGAAAUGGCUGCAGCGAUGCAGGAAAAUCAAUUGUUUGCCGCCGAAGUCUCGAUUCCUCAUAACGGUCCAGAACAAGUGCUCACCGUUAACGUAGGAACUCAAGAACUUAGGAAAAUUCAUUCAUUAUUAUGCUAUUAAUUUCGUAUUUAUAUAUUCGGUGUAGCAGAAUAUUCUACGGCAGGAAUACUAAAUGGUAGAUCAUCAUAAUAUUCUGACGCACUCGUAAACACACUCGAUCUAUUUUAUAUACGAAGAGCAGACAGUUGAGUUUUUUUUUGCAUUCGAAGAAGGGGACAAUUAAAUCUAGCGAUAACGUAACUUUGGAGCGUGCGAAUUUAUUUAUUUCCGAUUGGCUACAGCACGAUGACUGGUGCAUCGCCGCUGAUGAGCUGCAGCAUUUUGUUGUUUUAUAAAUUUGAAUAUUCUCAUUAUUAACAGUAACGUUUAGCGCCUUUUCGGCUUUUGUAUAAUAUCUUUUACGAAUUGUCAAAUACACGGCUUAAAAAUAUUU